CUGGGUUCGCCAUCUUGUCAGAGUCACAUCCGGAACGUCCCAUCCGCCAUUUCAGUCCGUGCGAGCAGCAGACGGUGCGUGCGUUCCAGUCAUUAGCUUCUCGUAAUGGGAACAGAAAAGUCGCGUUUAAUUUAUUAAGGCAGUGAUAUUCCGCAGCCCGGCCUUUCCGUACACGUCACUGAAGACUCAGGCCGCGAGAUCCAGUCCCUGCGUUGUCGUUGCUACCCCUUAUCCAGCUGGUAAGUGAAACAGCACCAGGUAACAUGAGCGGCUGCAGAGUGUUCAUCGGCAGGCUAAGUCCUCACGCCCGAGAAAGAGACGUGGAAAAGUUUUUUAAGGGAUACGGACGUAUCCGCGAAAUAAAUCUGAAAAACGGAUUUGGGUUUGUGGAGUUUGAGGAUCAUAGAGAUGCCGACGAUGCCGUGUAUGAACUCAAUGGCAAAGAACUAUGUAGUGAGAGGGUUACAAUCGAGCAUGCCAGGAAUCGUCGCGGAAGAGGAGGAAUGAUGGGAGGUGGAGGUGGUGGAGGGAGGUAUCCCAUGCGCUUUGGCUAUCGUCAGUCCAACAAUGGUGGACCAAGCAGGUACGGCCCUCCCGUACGAACCGAGCAUAGGAUUAUCGUUGAAAACCUCUCCUCUCGUGUUAGCUGGCAGGAUCUGAAAGAUUUCAUGAGGAAAGCCGGGGAGGUUACGUAUGUGGACGCUCACAGAAGCAACAGGAACGAAGGGGUUGUGGAGUUUGCGUCGUAUAAUGAUAUGAAGAAUGCUUUGGAUAAGCUGGAUGGCGUCGAGCUCAGUGGUCGCAAAAUCAAACUAAUCGAAGACCGUAAAAAGCACAGCCGGAGCAGAUCCCGGUCAAGGAGUUACUCCAGAUCUCGCAGCAAGUCGAAGUCGCGCGGUUCCUCUCGCUCCGCGAGCAGGUCUCGCUCUCCCAGCCGAACGCCCGAGAAGAAAUACUCAAAGAGCAGCGCGGAGCCCGCGCAGGGUUCGCCGUCUCCCCGGCCCGCCAAACGCCAGACGCGAUCAAGUUCCGCCGAAAGCCGUAGUUAAGAUCGUGACCUUGUAGAAAGAUUGCAGUAGCGAAGGGAGUUAGACAAUGUGUAACCAACGCAUUUGUCAAAAAGGCUGAAGAAAGCUUAUUCAUUGUUUUCUUUUUUUUCUUUGAGGAUUAUUUGAGCUGUAGCUUUGUUCGCCCAUCAGAGCUGUUUAACAUAGCCAUGCGUGUUUCUGGAUUAAGAUGCACUUGAUAUUAACUAUAAUACCCUAACUUGUCUUCUUUCCAGCGUGAUUAAAGGCUAGCGUGUA